UUGCCAUUCUUUCUCUCUCUCUUUACUCGUCGCUCUCGCUUCCGGCUCUUUUUCUUCUCCUAAAUCUGUUCUGGACGUUCUGGUUCUUGGAACCAUAAAUAGACGGAGAAAGGAGGAGCGAAUCGAGUGCGAGUUUUUCGAGAAGAAGAGGCGAAUAUAUUCAAUUUUUAGAUAUUUUGUCACCAGAAGAGAUCUUUCGACUUCCCUCCUUUCUCUGCCGGUAGAGGUUUCUGAUCGAAAGCCACGCGAAAGGUCGGGAUGUUCACUGAAGGACUCGAUUCGCAUGCCCUUCGAUGGGUUCGGGAGGGUCAAGCAUCUUUCUUAAACCCUCGGCAAGGGAUGGAUCCUCUUCACGGUCUCCGGAAUGGCGGACGUGGGCUUGGCAUCCCGCCGCCGGAGAAAUUCCGGAGCGGGCACCUGCCGAGAGGGGCGAUCCCCAUGUCCCACACCAUCCCUACAGAAGAUGAAAGUGAUUCUGGCUCAGACAUGGAUGAGUCCUCCGAUGCUGAGGCGGAGAUCUAUGGAGGAAGGUACUCUGUUGAUUCUUCGCCUCGGGAUGAUGUCUCGGGGCGCAGGGCACCUAAUGGAGCCUCCACUGCAGCUGGCAGUGGUAAUCGGUACACAGUUCCGGUUUCAGGGCAGCAUUACUACUCAAGUGACGGUUACUCGGACUUAAGUUCGUCAAGGGAUACUGCUCGGCAGCAGCCGCAGCAGCUGAGGAAGCAAGUGCAUGUGAAUGGGUACAUGGAAGAGGAGGAGGAAGACGGGUUGUCGGAUUCUGGCUGGAGCUCUGCUAGUCUGACGGGAAGGAAUAAUGGUGGUGUUGGUAUGGCUUCAAGAGGGAGCUACCGCACAGAGAGUUACUCUUGUAAUGUUCCCUUCAGAGGAGAUGUGAAGACUAAUAUGCAGAGGGUUGGUGUGACUUCCCAAGGAAGUUGUACUGCAGAGAGCUACUCCUAUAAAGUUCCCAUAAGAGAGGAUGCGAACGUUAGUGCUGAUAAAGCCGGUGUGAAUUCACGCGGGGGCUACCAUUCGGAGAGCUACUCUCGGCGUGUUCCUUUCCAAGAACAUGUGGAAGCUACUGCUGAGAUGGAUGUCCUUUCUGAUGUCCCCAGUGCACCACCAAUUCAUGGCUCUGAUCAGAAAAUCAGCCAAGCUUCUGAACCAAUACCGAGAUCAUAUGAUGCUCAUGCAGCAUGUUCAAAGGGCCCAGCUAUUAAACAGGAGGCACGUUCACAUGUUAACGAUAAAAGCAAUAUACCAGACGAGAAUGUCAGGAACACGUCAAGUGGUGCUGAAGUUGCCCCAUCUUCUAGUUCAGUUCCAGUACGAGUUCCCACUUUUCAUGCAAGUGCACAAGGGCCCUGGCAUUCUGUGAUUGCAUAUGAUGCAUGUGUUCGGCUAUGCCUUCACGCAUGGGCUAGAGGUUGCAUGGAAGCUCCCGUUUUCUUGGAAAAUGAAUGCGCACUAUUGCGAAGCGCUUUUGGUCUGCUGCAGAUCUUGUUACAGUCAGAGGAGGAACUGCUGGCAAAACGAUCUUCAGAGCUUGCCAGUGAAGGAGCCGCACCGAAGCCCAGAAAAACAAUAGGCAAGAUGAAGGUCCAAGUCCGUAAAGUGAGAAUGUCUCUGGAUAUGCCUUCUGGCUGCAGUUUUUCAUCCUUGAAGGCACCCAUGGUAAAGCUUGAAUCACUUCGAUAUCGCAUGUCCAAUUUCCAAUCAACUCUUUCAUCAGGAUGGGAAUCGCUUAGGAAAGUUCGUGUUUUACCCCAUCUACCUGCACAUAGUUCAUUUUCAAGGCACAGCUUAGCAUAUAUGCAUGCUAGUGCUCAGUAUAUUAAACAAGUCUCUGGCCUUCUAAAAAUUGGGGUUACUACUCUUCGUAACAGUUCAACAUAUGAAAUUGUCCAAGAAACAUAUUCGUGUCAGUUGAGGUUGAAAAGUUCACCUGAAGACGAUUGGGUUCGGAUGCAACCUGGAUCUGGUGAAACACGUGUGUUCUUCCCUGAUAGCGUAGGAGAUGAUUUAAUUGUUGAUGUCUAUGAUUCCAAAGGAAAGUUAUGUGGCCGAGUUGUAGCUCAAGUGGCCAACAUUGCAGAGGAUCCUAGUGACAAACUUCGCUGGUGGUCUAUUUAUCAUGAACCGGAGCAUGAACUUGUUGGACGAAUACAACUUUGUGUAAAUUACACCACCAGUGCAGACGAGAAUGGUGCUCUGAAGUAUGGCUCUGUUGCAGAAACUGUGGCUUAUGAUAUAGUCUUGGAAGUUGCAAUGAAAGCUCAACGUUUCCAACAAAGGAAUCUGUUGCUGCAUGGACAAUGGAAAUGGUUGCUGACAGAAUUUGCCUCCUACUAUGGGGUUUCAGAUGCUUAUACCAAACUAAGAUACCUUUCUUAUGUUAUGGAUGUCGCAACCCCUACAGCAGACUGUCUCAUUUUGGUUCAUGAUCUGUUGUUGCCUGUGAUGUUGAAGAGCCAUAGUAAGAAUACAUUGAGUCAUCAAGAGAACCGCAUUCUAGGAGAAAUCGAGGAGCAGAUUGAGCAGAUUCUAUCUAUGGUUUUCGAGAAUUACAAGUCCCUUGAUGAGUCUUUACCGUCAGGAAUGGUGGAAGUUUUCUGUCCUGCUACUGGGGCUCCAGCACCAGCAUUGGUGCCAGCUGUCAAGCUGUACACUCUUCUGCAUGAUAUACUAUCUCCAGAGGCUCAACUAAAACUAUGCCGUUAUUUCCAGGCUGCUGUAAAGAAGAGGAUGAGGCGGCACUUGGUUGAAACGGAUGAGUAUGUUGUGGGCAAAAGUGAAGGCAACUUGAUGGAUGUUGUGACGAUUUCUACUGCUUACCAGAAAAUGAGGUCACUCUGCUUCAAUAUCCGAAAUGAAAUUUUCACAGACAUCGAAAUCCAUAAUCAGCAUGUACUCCCCAGCUUCAUAGACCUUCCGAAUCUAUCCGCAUCCAUUUACAGUGCGGAACUCUGUAGUAGAUUGCGUGCAUUCCUUGUUGCAUGCCCUCCGACUGGCCCUUCACCACCUGUUGCUGAUCUUGUUAUUGCAACUGCUGAUUUCCAAAAGGAUCUUGCUAAUUGGAACAUUAGUCCUAUUAAAGGAGGUGUUGAUGCUAAGGAGUUAUUCCACUUGUAUAUUAUAUUAUGGAUCCAAGAUAAGCGCCUUGCAUUGCUCGAGUCUUGCAAAUUAGAUAAGGUGAAAUGGUCAGGAGUUCAAACACAGCAUAUGACAACUCCAUUUGUUGAUGAAAUGUAUGACCGACUGAAAGAUACCUUGAAUGAAUAUGAGGUCAUCAUAUGCCGCUGGCCAGAAUACACCUUUGUUCUGGAGAGUGCCAUUGCAGAUAUUGAGAAGGCAGUGGUUGAGGCUUUGGAGAAGCAAUAUGCAGAUGUGUUGGCCCCGUUGAAGGAUAGCAUGACACCUAAGAAAUUUGGCUUCAAAUAUGUUCAGAAACUCGCAAAGCGCAAUUCAAUAUGCCCUUAUACUGUGCCUAAUGAACUGGGGAUUCUCUUGAACACUAUGAAAAGAAUGAUUGAUGUUCUGCGACCCAAAAUAGAGAUGCGGUUAAAAUCCUGGCGUUCUUGUAUACCAGAUGGUGGGAGUGUAGCUGCUGAGGAUCGCCUUGGUGAAGUAAAUGUAACAUUGAGAGCGAAGUUCAGGAAUUACCUGCAAGCAGUUGUAGAGAAACUCGCAGAGAAUACUCGCGCACAGAGCACCACAAAACUCAAGAAGAUCAUCCAAGACUCAAAGGAUGUUAUAGUGGAAUCUGAUAUUAGAAGCAGAAUGCAGCCCUUGAAGGAUCAGCUUAUUCAGACAAUCAAUCACCUCCAAACAGUCUUUGAGGUUCAUGUGUUUGUAGCAGUAUGUCGAGGCUUUUGGCACCGAAUGGGACAGGAUGUCCUUAGUUUCUUGGAGAAUCGAAAAGAGAACAGAGCAUGGUAUAAAUGUGCACGAGUCACGGUGGCUGUUUUGGAUGACACAUUUGCAUCACAGAUGCAGCAGCUGCUUGGUAGUAAUGCACUGCAGGAGAAAGACCUGGAGCCACCCAGAUCAAUCAUGGAAGUGCGUUCAGUGCUCUGCAAGGAUGCUCCUGUUCACAAGGACUCAAAUUUCUACUAUUAG